ACUCUCGAGACAGAGUCUACGAAUAGUGGCCGACCACCUCUAGCAACCGCAUGAGGUAUUCUUCUUCUUCUUCGACGUUGUAUUUACAGAUUUUGUAUCAGCCAAAAACGGCAUGACGUUCCUUUCUUUAUCUUCCCAAUUUGUAUGUUGUUAAAACAGAACCGAACCGGUCUCUCUGUUUCUAUACUCUGUUCUUUCUUUUCUCUGUUUCUGUUUUUCUUUUUAACAUUGUGUCAAAGGAAGGAGAAGUAAACUGCAAAAGUAAAACAUCGAAAGCUAAAGAAGGGUUUAGCUUCUGCAAUGUUUUUUAUUGGAGAAAUAUUAUUUUCGGUCAACGAGAGGGAUAUAAUUUUCUGGCAAAUAGGUUUCCUAAGGUGAAGAGAAAAGAUUUAAGGAUUUAUUAAAGUUUUAAGGAGAUGGCGACACUAGCAGAUAUUGGAGUAGCAGCUGGGAUUAACAUUCUAACUGCUUUGAUAUUCCUUUUGCUAUUUGCAAUCUUGAGGAUCCAACCAUUCAAUGAUAGGGUUUAUUUCCCCAAGUGGUACUUGAAAGGUCUUAGAAGCAGCCCUCUUGUGAACCCUGGUGCUUUAGUGAGCAAAAUUGUGAACUUGGAUUUUCGUUCUUACAUUCGGUUCUUGAGCUGGAUGCCCGCUGCGCUAAAGAUGCCAGAGUCUGAACUUAUUGAUCAUGCUGGUUUUGAUUCUGCUGUCUACUUGAGGAUUUACUUGAUUGGACUUAAGAUUUUUGUCCCAAUCGCAUUACUUUCAUGGUCGAUUCUGGUUCCCGUCAACUGGACCAGCAAUGGAUUGCAGCUAGCAAAACUUCAUGAUGUAAAAUCAAGCAACAUCGAUAAGCUUUCGAUAUCAAAUGUCGAGCGUGGAUCAGACAGGUUUUGGGCUCAUCUCAUGUUGGAGUACGCAUUUACAUUCUGGACUUGCUAUGUUCUAUUGAAGGAAUAUGAGAAAAUAGCUUCAAUGCGGUUAGCAUUUCUCCAAUCCGAGGAGCGACGGGCGGAUGAAUUCACGGUCCUGGUUAGGAAUAUACCACCGGACUCACACGAGUUAGUGAGUGAGAACGUGGAGCAAUUCUUUAUGGUUAACCACCCGGAUCAUUAUCUUAUGAAUCAGGUGGUUUACAAUGCAAAUAAAUUGGCUGGACUAGUAGCAGAGAAGAAAAAAAUGCAGAACUGGUUUGAUUACUACCAUUUGAAGUAUACAAGAGACAAGGAACAAAGACCAAGGGUUAAGUUAGGCUUUCUCGGGCUAUGGGGAAAGAAAGUAGAUGCAAUGGACCAUUUCACAGCUGAGAUCGAGAAACUAAGCGACCAAGUAAGUAUUUUUUUUUUCUCUAGAGGUUCCUUAUUGAUGUAGCGGAAGCUUUA